UCACCGGAAGUAGAACCCCGGCAUCACAAACUGUGCCUGAGCUGAAUCCAGCAGCUGCUCUCCGAGGUUUAUUUAAGAGAUUUAUUCGUAUUAAAAUGGACUCCGCGGCGAUGGAGAUAGACGGCAGUGUCAUGGAGGGAGGCGGGCAGAUUCUGAGAGUCUCCGCGGCCCUCAGCUGCAUCACCGGAACACCGAUAAAAAUCACCAAGAUCCGGGCCGGGAGGAGCCAACCCGGGCUGAAAGCGCAGCACUUGAGUGGGCUGCAGUUGGUGUCGGAGUUGUGCGGUGGGGCCCUUCAGGGAGCCGCUCUGGGGUCCACAGACAUCAGCCUGAGUCCGGGCAGGAUCCAGGCUGGGAACUACACGGCGGACACACAAACGGCAGGGAGUGUGUGUCUGCUGCUGCAGGUGGCUCUGCCUUGUGCUCUGUUCUCUGGAGGAAACACACAGAUUUGUCUGAGAGGAGGAACCAACGCUGAGAUGGCCCCACAGAUCGACUACACCGUCAAGAUUUUCAAACCGAUCGUAGAAAAGUUUGGCGUUAACUUCAACUGUGACAUAAGAAUGAGAGGUUUUUACCCUAAAGGCGGGGGUGAGGUGCAGGUCACGGUGAACCCAGUGAAGGAGCUGCUCCCUGUGGUGAUGACGGAGAGAGGAAGCAUCACCAAGAUCUACGGAAGAGCCUACGUCGCCGGGGUGCUGCCUUACAAAUUGGCCAAAGACAUGUCGAGCGCCGCCGUCAGAACCAUCCGGAAAGAAAUCAAAGAUCUGUACAUCAACAUCCAAGCGCUGCAGGAGAAAGAGAAAGCCUACGGCAACGGCAACGGGAUCAUAAUCAUCGCCGAGUCGUCGUCAGGUUGUCUUUUUGCAGGUUCAGCUUUGGGGAAAAAAGGAGUUUACGCAGAUAAAGUCGGGAUCGAAGCCGCGGAGAUGCUCCUCAGAAACAUCAGACACAACGGCUGCGUCGACGAGUUCCUCCAGGACCAGUUGAUCAUCUUCAUGGCUUUGGCCAAAGGAAAAUCUCGGAUCAGAACUGGACCAGUGACUCUGCACACACAGACGGCCAUCCACAUCGCAGAACAACUCACACAGGCGAAGUUCAGCAUCUCCAAGUGCACUGACGAUCUGAGCGGAAACACGUCGUUCCUGAUCGAGUGUGAGGGGUCAGGAGCCGUGAACCCUCAUCUCUGACCUCUGACCCCCCCCUCCGCCGUAGCCCCUCCCUCACGGACUGUUGUCACGGCUGUAGGUUUGUCUCAGGGUGAAACAGAGCUGCACGCGUCCCCGAGGCUCGUCUGCUUUUCCACGUCCGGAUGAAGUUAUUUAAAAACAAAAGUCACGUUCUAUUUAAAGAUGCAAUAUGUAACUUCUCCUGCACCUGCUGUCUCCGUAGCGAUGUCAUUUUCCACAGUAUGGCAUUAAACUCGUCUCUAGCAACUGUU